UAACCCGUUUAAUCUGCUUUUGGACGUCUUGGCACCCGUAGAACCAAUAUAUUGGUCAAUGAAGCAAAACAAGGAAGAAGGGGGCUGAGAGUGACAUAGACUUGAAUUAACUACCGAUUUUCAUCAUGUUUCGGAUGCGUUAUGUGUCUGAAUUUGUGCGAAGGAGCAGUGCGAGUGCCCAGCUAUCACAAACACAUGCAAGCAGGAGUUUCAUAUUAGUAAAACGCUGUACUUCGUCUUUGGAAAAACUUCAUCCAAGACAUGACAACUUUAUUGAGAGACACAUAGGACCAAAUGAUGUAGAAAAGAAAGCAAUGUUGGAUUUCAUUGGAAUGAAAAACAUUGACGAAUUGAUUAAGAAGUCUGUACCUGCCAACAUUUUAUUGGACAGGGAGCUGACAUUAGAUGAGCCACUAGGAGAGCUGGAAUUGAUUGAAAAGCUGGAGCAAAUGGCCAACAAGAAUGAAGUUUGGAGAAGUUAUAUAGGAAUCGGUUACUACAACACAUAUACCCCACACACAAUAUUGAGGAAUAUUUUUGAAAACCCAGGAUGGACCACUCAGUACACCCCCUACCAGGCAGAGCUGGCCCAGGGCCGCCUGGAGAGUCUCCUAAAUUAUCAGACAAUGGUCGUGGAUAUGACUGGACUUCCUAUCGCUAACGCCUCCCUACUGGAUGAAGCCACUGCUGCUGCUGAAGCUAUGGGGCUCUGUUACAGACACAACAAAAGACGGAAGUUUUACAUUGAUAAACACUGCCAUCCACAGACCAUUGGUGUUGUAGAAACGAGAGCAAGUGCAUUGGGAAUUGAAGUCCUCCGGCUGGACUGGCAGGACAUGGAUAUGUCUAACAGAGACAUCUCUGGAAUUCUGAUCCAGUAUCCAGACACAGAUGGACACGUUCAUGACUACAUGGAGUUGGUGGACAAUGCUCAUGCAAAUGGAACCUUAGUGACCUGUGCUACUGACCUUUUAGCACUAACAAUGCUGCGUCCCCCGGGCGAGAUUGGAGUGGAUAUCGCUGUCGGAUCAAGCCAACGAUUUGGAAUUCCUAUGGGGUAUGGAGGCCCUCAUGCUGGGUUCUUCUCCACCAAGAAUGAAUUUCUCAGACUGCUGCCAGGAAGGAUGAUAGGUGUGACCAGAGAUGCGAACAAUAAAGAAGCCCUCAGGUUAGCUUUACAGACUCGUGAGCAACACAUCAGAAGAGACAAGGCCACCAGUAAUAUUUGCACUGCCCAGGCUCUCCUGGCAAACAUGUCUGCCAUGUAUGCUGUGUAUCAUGGCAGACAAGGACUGAAACAUAUUGGCAGGAGAGUUCACAAUGCAACACUCAUCCUGGCAGAAGGUGUGAAAAAAGCUGGACACAACUUGAAGACAAAGAAUUUCUUUGAUACCAUUAAAUUUGUGCCAAAAAAUGGCCAGAGUGAAAUCAUCCACAGGGCCAACAAACACAAGAUAAACCUCAGAUAUUACUUAGAUGGCAGUAUUGCAAUAUCUCUGGAUGAAACAGUAGAGAGAGAAGAUUUGAGAGAAUUAUUGACCAUUGUUGGUUGUAACACAACUAUGGAAGCAAUUGCGGAGGAGCUUGGACCACAUCCCGCCACCAGCAUUGAGGAAACGGGCUUCAGGAGGACGUCAGACUUCCUGUCUCAUCCUGUGUUUAACAAAUACCACUCAGAAACCAACAUAGUGCGUUACAUGAAGCACCUUGAAAACAAAGACUUAUCAUUAGUUCACUCAAUGAUUCCACUGGGAUCAUGUACAAUGAAGCUGAACAGCACUACAGAGAUGAUGCCCUGCUCCUGGAAGGAGUUUGCCAACAUUCACCCAUUUGUUCCCCUGGAGCAAACCCUAGGUUACAAACAGAUGUUUGAGGAGCUAGAGAAGGAUUUGUGUGAGAUUACGGGUUACGACAAAAUCUCCUUCCAGCCAAAUAGUGGAGCUCAGGGAGAGUAUGCUGGUCUUAGAGCUAUCAUGGCCUACCUCCAUGCAAAUGGUGAAGAUAAAAGAACUGUCUGCUUGAUUCCAACGUCUGCCCAUGGAACUAAUCCAGCCAGUGCACAGAUGGCAGGCAUGAAAAUUCAGCCAAUCAAUGUAGACAAAAAUGGUGCAAUUGAUAUGAGGCAUUUGCGUGCAAUGUGUGAGAAAUACAAGGAUACUCUAGCCUGUCUGAUGAUAACUUAUCCAUCAACAAAUGGUGUCUUUGAUAAAGAAGUCAGGGAGAUAUGUGAUCUUAUUCACAGUCAUGGAGGUCAGGUAUACCUUGAUGGUGCCAAUAUGAAUGCUCAGGUAGGAGUUUGUCGCCCAGCUGACUAUGGGUCAGAUGUCUCCCAUUUGAAUCUCCAUAAAACAUUCUGCAUUCCCCAUGGAGGAGGAGGCCCAGGAAUGGGGCCUAUUGGAGUGAAGAAACAUUUGGCACCAUACCUCCCCACCCAUCCAGUCAUCCCUCCCUAUGGCACCACUGGACCUGAAGCCAAAUCAUUUGGUGUUGUGUCUGCGGCUCCUUUUGGAUCCAGUGCCAUUUUGCCCAUCUCUUGGGGUUACAUUAAAAUGAUGGGAGCCAAGGGCUUAAGGCAUGCCUCAGAAGUUGCUAUUCUGAAUGCUAACUAUAUGAGCAAAAGAUUGGAUGGAUAUUACAAGACUUUAUAUAAGAAUGAUGAAGGUUGUGUUGCCCACGAGUUCAUUAUUGACUGCAGGGAAUUUAAGAAAACUGCUGGUAUUGAGGUGAUGGAUAUUGCUAAAAGGCUUCAGGAUUACGGUUUCCACUCCCCCACCACCUCAUGGCCUGUUGUCGGAACCUUAAUGGUGGAACCCACAGAGUCUGAGGAUAAAGAUGAGUUAGACAGAUUCUGUGAUGCUUUAAUUGCUAUUAGACAGGAAAUAAAAGAUAUUGAAGAAGGACGAUAUGAUUCUAAGAUGAACCCAAUUAAGAUGGCCCCUCAUACUCAAGCUGAAGUCAUGUCCUCUCACUGGGAUCGUCCCUAUUCCAGAGAAGUGGCCGUCUUCCCAGCUCCCUUUGUGACAGCCACUACAAAGUUCUGGCCCACUGUGAGCCGAAUUGAUGACAUUUAUGGCGAUCAGAACUUAGUGUGCACAUGUCCACCAAUGGAAAUGUAUUAUGAAUCCCCAUUUGUUGACGAACUGGCAAAGCGCAAGGAAAAAAAGAAAGCAGCUGCCUGACUUUAAUAAAAAAAAAGAAUUCCAAUUGUUAUGUAGAAAAAAAAUAUGAAUGAUAAUUCACAGUUUGUUCUCUGAAGAAGAUGCUGUGAAGAUCAAUACUGUACAUGUACAUAUACCCUUUUAGCAGAAUUCAUGUUUUUGCAAAUCUGAUGCUGUCUUUUGUGGUAAUUUAAAUUUUGGACAAUCAGGAAUAUGGUACAUGUAUUAGCUAUAUAGAUAAUGAUAAACAAUUCUGAUUAAGCCCCAAAUUAUUCUUUUUUUACAUAUUUAAAAGUAUGAUGCAUAGUAUUAUUGAUAGAGCUAUAUAGAUUUUUUUCAAGUAUGAUUGAUGAAAUCCUAAUUGAUCUUCCAAGUUUGAUUUAAUACAUAUAUGAUUGAUAAAAAUGCUUUUUGAUUUUACCAGAUAGUUCUUGAAAAGCCUUUAAAAGGAAGAUUGAAUUGGGUAAGAUAUAAGUAGAUGUACAGUAUUGUACAAAUUCUGACACACUGGCAGUUACACAUAUCUUUAAUCUUUACUCACUGCUUCAAAUCAUGUUUUUUAGAUAUCUAUGCAUACACUUGUUCACCAUUGUAUGUGAAUUUAAGAGAAAAACGUGUUGGAGAUAAUCUCUGUUAAAGGACAAGGCAUUUUGAUAUGAUAAUUUUGACUCCUUUUGCUGUAGGAAUUUUAAAGUGGUUUGAGAGCACUGUGUAAGGCCUUUGCAGUUAUAAUAUAUACAUGUAUGUAAAAUAUAUCAAUUAAUAUAUGUGAGAAUUUAUUCAGAUUAUUUUAUCAAAUUUAUCAAAGGAAAACUUGAAGUGUAAACUGUUUACAAUUUAUACAUGUAUAUUGUAACACAAAAGGAGGUAUAAUGAAGCACCGAAUUUGACUUGCUAAUGCUGGAAACAUGAGAGAAGAGAAGCUAUUGCUUAUGCAGAAAAGUAGUGCAUUUUAUGAUUAGAAUUUUGUACAUACUUUCAACCAGUGUGCUUUCUUUUGCAUUUGUGUCUCUUCUUCUUGAACAGCAAACAAUUUUUUUUUCUUGCUUUUUAAUCAUGGAAAUUCAUGCGAUGAUUAUAUUUCUAUUCAAACUUUACCUGUAAGCCAAGUAUUUUACUAGAAGAAUUUUUUUUUCAACCAAAGUGUAGAUGAAUUUAUUAAAUGUAUAUGUAUUUGACUUUUCAUAAAAAAAUGAUUUUAAUAUAUGUAUAUGUGUGUCAAAUGGAUCUGUUUGGUGCCAGAAUCUCCUUAAAGUAUUAAGAUAUUUUGUUAUCGUAUAAAAUAUGUUUUCAUUUAUUUUUUUUUCUCUGAACCUAAACUACUUUUAUUUUUAAGUGCUAAUAUUAUCCAUGUACAUGUAUUUUUUUCAUUUUUGUUUUCUGUGAAAAUUUUUUCUUCUUUACACCAUAAACCAUGUGUCUUUCUACAACUGAAUUAUAUUUGUUUAGUAAUGAAUGUAUGCAACAUUUGGCAUGUCACAUAAGUUUAUUGAAAUGGGUAUUAAGAUUUUAUUAAAAUAUACUAAAUAUUUA